AUGGACAACGCCAUAUUAGAUGAUUUUGGAUUCAAUUUUGACACUAAAGUUGCGCACAUUACAUUCCAUACGGAUAUGGUCAUAACACAUAAUUACAAAUCCGAUGGAACACUUUUUUCAAAAUCUAUCAAGGGAGAAGGAUUCACUGAAGUACCAAUAAAAAAUGUUCAAAUCAAUAUGAAUAUGCCUUUUGAAAUUGAAAAGGAUGGUAACAAAUAUUUCAAUCUUAAGGAUUUCGACAUUUCAUACAAUAUAAGAGACAAGGCUGAAUUCACGUUCUCAAAUCUUUAUUAUGGAAACAAAGAAGAAAGCGACACAAUGCAUUCCCUCAUGAAUGAAAAUUGGAAAUAUCUAACAACUGAAUUCGGAAAGUACUUUUUCGCUGAAUUUGGUGCUAAUCUUUUUGAAAUGUUUGAAAACUAUGACUCGAUUUCACUUAGAAAUUUAUCUUUAUGCUAA